CUCAUAGGUCCGCUUCGUGUGUUCAGUUUAGUACUCCUCUUCCAGCACACUCAAUCGCGGAGUAAGUCUUGACACAGAAUGGAGCACAACUUGGCUGCGAAGUCUCCGCCCUUUGGGCAGGGAAGGGGCGCGGCGUGGCCACCACCGCCUCCCAUGUACAAGGGAGGCGGCGCAGUUGGAAUGAAGGUACUCUUGGUUCACGCCACUUUGUUAAACACUGUCUUUGCACUGCUCCUGGAUGCCUUUUUCUUUGUCUCGUUUUUUUUGAAAUUGUUUUUAUAAUAGUUAGUUUAUCACAAUCGAGUUUUUGUUUUCGUCUGGAUGUCCGUUUUUUGUUUCUCGACGCUUGAGCCAAGUUGUGUUAUGUUCUUUUUUUUGUGAUGAGGCACAAUAAGAAGCACGCGUUCCCUGCGCCGUCGUGGUCCUCGCGGGGUUUAAUAUCUCUCGAAAAAGAAUGCAAAAAUCUUUCCCAUAAUCCAGGCCGGCGGUGCAGCCGUGGGAUAUCACCAAUACAAUCCUCCGCCCUUUGGAGCACCGGCAGGCGGUAAGUUCGGGGCAGCUGGCGGCUCCAACCCAAACAUGAUGCCGCUAGGCGGUAAGCCAGCAUCCAUGAUGAUGCAGCCGCCCACUCCGACUAAUGCGAUGUUGCGCCAACAAGCGCCGGCGCCCAGCGGCGGAGCACCUCCGCCCCCCGGGGCGUACCACGGUAUGCCUCCGGGUGCGGGUGCCCCCCCUCACCCACCCCCGCUGGUGGGGGCGUCUGCCAGCACUUUUCCCAUGCAGCAACCUGGGUACGGUGGCGGCGGCGCGGUUUCUUCCACCAGUCACGUUCCCUUGCGCGGCGGGAACAAACGAGAAGGCGAUCACGACCCGCAAGCCAGCCCCGCGAACCUGAAGAAGCAGUUCAUUUCCCCAGCGGCCUAUCAUGGGGCGUAUUUUUAUUUCCUCAUAGAUUGGUACUCUAGAAGCGAAGGUUUUCUGAGACACCUUUCGUCCAGCACGACUGUUGAGCGUGGUCAUACAUUGUCUGUCAUUGUGUUGAAAGGAGGUUCGAUACAUUAACAAUUCAGCGACGGGGACCGUUCCAGCAAAGAGAGCAUAUGGAAUGCAAAAAUGUCUGGGUCUGGAAGAUUGCAACUUGUCAUGCAGUUUUUGGAGUCUAAAAAAAUGUGUAUUGCAUGACCAGCAAGAGGGAUACAAUGUGCGCUACACGAACAGGGCAUUUCUCAUGCGGAAGGUGCAUCAGGAAGCCCUCUAAAAGUCUGCGAUGCUAGGUCAUGCAUUACAGGCAUCAUGGGUCAUGAGUAAUAUGCAUGACAAAUCUUGUAUUCUUGCAGACCCAGACAUUUUUGCAUUUGAUAGAGCACCUCACACGACAACAAGCAGACGUACUCGGUGCUCGAUUACUUUCCCUACUGGUGGACCGAUAACCGCUUGCGGCACGAGUUUCAGAAGGACGGCUUCAACGGGGUCACCGUGCAGCACCGGCGGAUGCACAUUCCAUUGGAGUCAAUGGACAGGUUCGUCGUCUAUCUUCGAAAAAAAGAGCGGGCUGCGAUAGACGAGGCCGUCGAAAAGGGCAUGGUCCGAGAAGAGACGCUCGGGAUUGCGAUCCUGCCGGAAUCUUCGGAAGAGCCUCAUCCACAUCAGCAACAGCAUCCUCACAUGCAAAAUCAAGUCGGUGUGAGUCCGAACCCGUUCCCCGUUUUCCCGCCGCCACCCGGUGUGCUGCCUAACAGGAGCAAGGACUGUAUCUAUAUGCACGACUAGGGCUAGAAGAUGGGUGCUAUAUAAAUAUAAAUCGUUGCCUUCGCUUGUUUUUCUGUGCUAUUCAUGCUCUUUCUGCUGUUGCUCGAGGUCCACCGUCUGCAUUAAGAAACAAAUUUAUCCCAGCGCUGAGUCCCAGUCCUGACAGCUACGCAGAGUUUGGGCUCAACCUGUACUUCUUGGCGCUCGCGCAGCAGAAGCCAAUGCCGGUAGCCACGAUACCGAUGCAGUACUUCGAGCACUUUGGGCACCCCUUUCCGCGGGAGCGGUUUCUGCACGCACCGGGGCCCCUCGAGCGCAAGAUCGAGGAGCAUUUCGGGAAGUUGUUUGUAUUUUCGCAGGACUUCUCCGACGCACUGCUUGAGCCGGUACACGGGUACCACCCGGAGGACAUUUCCAUCUCUCAACUGAAGUCCCUGAUCUCGCAGCACUCCGCGAACAAUUACAACUACCCGGCGUAUGGAACAACCGCCUCGUCCUACGGAGGCGCCGCUGCGCCCGUCCUUUCGCAGUCAGCGGCGAAACGACGGGUUUACCUCGAGCUACCGGAAGAAAUCGUGUGCCACAGUGCGCGCUCGUUGCAUCGCUUGCUGUGCUACUUGCACCGUCGCCGGCGUAAUAUGCGGCGACGGGGUAGUACUGUGCGACAGCGAAAUCGGGACAAAAAGUCCGGAGGCGCAGUGCCUGAUCGGCUGAUGCUGAAACCUGCAGGCAGCAAGGAGGCUAAGCCGACGCCCAGCUCGGUCCAGCCUAGUUCAAGCGACGGCGAGGACGGACCGGAGAAUUUUGAAAACGAUGCGCCAAUCCCGGUCUCGGAGCUCGUAUCAAAUGCAAAAAUGUCUGGGUCUUGCAACUUGUGAUGCUGCGUUGGGAAUAGGGAAUGCUCUGUAAUGCACAGCCAAGCAUGAGAAAUAUCCGCACUUCUUUGUGUUGCGUUUUUCGCAUGACAAACUGCGUUUUUGCAUGACUUGCAUAAGGGUCUCUUCUUGGACACGCAUCACAAAGUUUUUGUUCAUCCCAGACAAGCAUGAAAAAUCUCGCAGUCUUCCAGACCCAGACAUUUUUGCAUUUGAUAGCUCGAGCCGGAAUACGAAAAGUUUUUCAAUAUCAACUGUAAAAAUGUCUGGGUCUGGAAGAGUCAUGCUGUUUCUGCAUGACACAGAAGGUCUGUCAUGGAAGCUCUAGCAUCACAGGUUUCGAGAAGCUUCCGCAAUGCCGAACCCGCAUGACAAAUCCCCCAUUUUGGUGACAGAAAGUGAGCAGCUUUUGCUACCUAUGCAUGAGAGAUUUUUGUGUGUUCCGAAAUGCGCAUCACAAGGCGCAUUCUUCCAGACCCAGACAUUUUUACACUUCAUAUUCAAAGUGCGACCGCAAUUCCACACGUUCCCGCACACCAAAUCCAUCCUGCACUUUUGCAUGCGGUUUCCGAAGUUGUUUCGCAUCUGCACCGAUGGUCUCGAGCCAUGCGUCCGCGCCGGCGUCGACACCCUGUCGACACAGCGUAUAGAUCCUGCAACCGGCGAGAAAAAGAUGGUUUUCCAGCUUCCCACAGAAGCCGAGGGAAAGUCAGAGGUUCCCAAGUCUGUGCGAAGGUUUGAGUUGGGCGCUGCAGAAAAGUUUGCUGGUAUAGUAAGUACGUGUUUAGUUGCUGUUCUAGCCCAGGCGGCUCGUGAAGAUUGCUAUCGAUGAAUGAAGUUCUUCCAAACUCUUGACGAAUUCAUAUUAUACUUCUUUGCGUCUCACUCUCUCUGUUGUAGUAGUGGCAGAACUUCUACCAGCUCUUGUUUGCAUUCUUGUACUACAUGAUCCACCCCAGCAGCCAUUACCAGUAGAAAACGCAUUCUAUUUUCUAAAUCUUUAGGGCUUGCGCUGAAUCUAUGGAUGUGUCAGAGUUGAAAUCGACAAAGUUGAAAUAAUUUGUCAUGCAUAAAAUGGAUGCCAGUUGGAACCCAGUUUUCAAGUGGUGCAUGACAAAUUUUGGCAGUCCCUAAAUCCAGUUUGUCAUGCGGUUUAGGCAAAGAAAACUGAUUUUCUCAUGCUACUUUAGCAGCUCGAGCUGUAACCCCAAACAGGCUUACAAUCGGCCUCACUUGCCUGCUCUGCAACACACGUGCCUCGGGUCAUGCAUUUUAUGCAUUACAAAUUAUUUCAACUUUGACGAUUUCAAACCUGACGCUUCCAUAGAAUCUGAUCGCCGAGGACAAGGGUGGGUCACUCGAGGACCGGUACCCGGAGUUUGAGUUCGUGGAAGAACUGGUGAAUUCCCUGGGUGGCUACGCAAUACAAAUUUCGCGUACAUGUACAAGAUGCAUCACAAAUUUCACCAAUCUGGAGCGUAAAACUUGUCAUGCUAAACUGGGAUCGAAGCCAUGUUUUGUCGUGCAGAGACCGCAUUUGUACGUGUGCGGGAUAUUUACUGUGGAUAGUGGUGCCACGAGAAGCGUGCCGCAGUUCCGCACCAUCCGCGAGUCGGUGCGCGCCGCUACCGUCGACGUCUUUGCGCGCAGCGGCGGAGGUCCUGGGCCGGGCCCGGGCGGCUACGGCUUCGGAGGGAUGGGUGGAGGGGGUAACCCCGGGGGUCCCGGCUCAUCUAUGGGGUUCUUUCCUCCCGGGAGACCAGGCGGCUUCCCCGGGUCCGCACCUCCCAGCGCCUGGCCGGGACCCGCAGGGCCCAGCGCUAGCUCCAGCUACUGGGCGGGGGGUGCUUACCGAGGUGGGAAGUGGUGAAGUGCGUCCUCAUUACCGCUUCCGAUGUGCUUCUUUUUUUUUCACUGGUCCCGUCCUCUCGUCGGCCAUAUCGUGAUAAUGAAGUGCUCAGUUUCGAUUUGAUGCGCUUCCGUGGUUUUGCUGAAUCUACUUAGAACGAAAUCGAACUGAAGAGAAAAAAAUGUAUUAGUUUGCCUGGAAGUGAAGAAGUAAGUGAGGCUUUUGAUGAGUUCAU